UAUCGAUAUCUAUUUGACAAGCCUAUACGGACACAAACCAAGAAGAAGAUACCUAUACGGUAUAGAUCCGCUCCAAAAAAUUACUACUAUUUAUUUAUUUGAAUACCUUAAAUAAGUGCAAUAAUAUAUUUAUUCAAUAAAAAUGUCUACUAUUAAUUAUACAACUCGUACUGAAGGACAAACUAAGAUAAAUACGAUCAUAUGGACUGUUCCAAACUUUAUUAAUUUAUUAGAAAACAAAAGUACUAGAGAAUUUCGCACAGAAAAGUCUAAAGAUUCCGGUGUCGACUUAAUAGAAUCUGGAUUUCAACUGAAAAUGCAAUUCUUAGGACGAGACAAUGACAUUAUUGAAAUAUAUUAUUUGUCUCCAUCACCAGUGUUCUUGAAGUCAAUACUUACCAUAUGCCUAAAGCGUUUUGAAGAGAGGUCUAUAAUUAUUAAAGAGUAUCACACUGUUCAAGCCAAUAAAUGGCAGUUUUUGGCAACAUUAUUCAAACGCGAUAUAGCUAGUUACGAUGCCCGCGAAAUAUUUCUUCUUAGUGAUGGUAGUUUACGCUUAAAAUUUCAGUUCAUGAUAACAAACGAUAUAAAAGUAGACCGAUCUCAUAUACCUGAAGUUCAGCUUAGUAACGAUUUUGAAAAUCUGCUUAAUAAUGGUCUGUUCUCAGAUGUAGUUAUGAAAUCUGCUGAGGGGAUGGAAUAUAAAGUACACAAAGCAGUACUAGCUAGUAGGAGUGCAGUUUUGAAAGCUCAUUUCGAGCAUAACACAACUGAAUGUUUUACUAACAUUGUGGAAUCACCCUUAGAAUCAGAAGUUUUAAGGGAAGUGUUGACAUUUAUUUACAGUGAUAAAGCACCUAGAGUAGAUGAGAUACCAGAGAAACUAUUAGCGGCCGCUGAUUAUUAUCAGUUGAGCCGCUUAAAGAGCCUCUGUGAAGAAGCAUUACACAAAAAAUUGACUGUAGAAAAUGCUAUUGAGACUCUUCAGUUGGCAGAUUUGCAUUCAGCAAAAACAUUAAAGUUAUUGACUUUGGAAUUUAUAAAAGAUGGACAAGCAAAACUGAUUAUCAAAACUGAAGGGUGGGCUAAAGUAAAGUCUGUGGAAUUAAUCAAAAGAAUUUAUGAAUAUAUCAUGGCGGAUGAUGCUGAUGCUGAUUUAAAAUAAGUGAGGCACAUAGCAUAACAACAUAAUAAAAAAGAAUUCUC